GGCGUCCCCCGGCGGCGGCCAUGGCGGACAGCAGCGGGAGCGGCCGGGGGCCUCCGUGCCUCGGGGCGGCCGCGGCGCUUCGCCGCUGGGAGCAGCUGAGGCGGCGGGUGGCGGCGGCGGCCCCGUGGGCCCGCGGGCUCCUGGCUGUGGCCGCCGGGCUCGGCCUCUUCUACGUGGUGCUGCGGGUGCCGCUGCGGCUCCGGGACAGCCUGGCGGCCGUGACUGUGUUCUUAAGCACUUUGACUCCAAAAUUCUACUUUGCCCUUACAGUGACUUCAUCUUUUAUAUCUGGACUGAUAUUUGUGUUUGAGUGGUGGCAUUUCCGAAAGUAUGGCACGUCUUUCAUUGAGCAGGUUUCUGUGAGUCAUCUGAGGCCCCUCAUCGGGGGGGCAGAAAACAGCCCUCCAGCACCAGCAGCAUUCUCUGCUGGAGAGAGUGAGACCAGCAGGCAGAACAUGCCAGAAUGCAAAGUGUGGCGAAAUCCUCUCAAUCUUUUCAGAGGGGCAGAGUACAGCAGGUACAUGUGGGUGACUGGGAAGGAGCCUCUUACCUACUACGACAUGAAUUUGUCUGCUCAGGAUCAUCAGAACUUUUUCACAUGUGAUACAGACGCCCUUCGGCCUUCAGAUACAGUUAUGCAGAAAGCGUGGCGAGAGAGAAACCCUCAAGCUCGGAUCAAAGCAGCAUAUCAAGCUUUAGAGUUGAACAAUGAUUGUGCCACUGCAUAUGUCCUCCUGGCUGAGGAAGAAGCAACAACUAUUGUGGAUGCUGAGAAGUAUUUCAAGCAGGCUCUGAAAGCAGGAGAAAUGAUUUACAGGAAGUCUCAGAACUGCCAUUCCCAAAGUCCACAGCAUGAAGCACAGCUGAGAAGAGACACCAAUGUAUUGGUGUAUGUGAAAAGGAGACUGGCUAUGUGUGCCAGAAAACUUGGAAGAAUACGAGAGGCCGUAAAAAUGAUGAGAGAUUUAAUGAAAGAGUUUCCACUUCUCAGCAUGCUGAAUAUUCAUGAAAACCUCCUGGAGGCACUGCUGGAGUUACAGGCCUAUGCAGAUGUCCAAGCAGUUUUAGCAAAGUAUGAUGAUAUCAGUCUUCCAAAGUCAGCAGCAAUAUGUUACACAGCAGCCCUGUUAAAAGCCAGGGCUGUUUCAGAAAGGUUCUCCCCAGAAACUGCUUCCAAAAGAGGGCUCAGUACAGCAGAAAUUAAUGCUGUGGAAGCAAUUCAUAGAGCUGUAGAAUUCAACCCUCAUGUUCCAAAGUAUUUGCUAGAAAUGAAAAGCUUGGUGCUACCUCCAGAGCAUAUUCUGAAGCGAGGGGACAGUGAGGCAGUAGCAUAUGCUUUUUUUCACCUCCAGCAUUGGAAGAGGAUAGAAGGGGCUCUAAAUCUGCUACACUGCACAUGGGAAGGCACAUUUAGGAUGAUCCCAUACCCAUUAGAGAAAGGUCAUCUGUUCUAUCCCUAUCCCAGUUGCACAGAAACAGCAGACAGAGAACUGUUGCCAACAUUUCACGAAGUGUCCGUUUACCCACAGAAGGAGCUCCCCUUUUUCAUCCAUUUCACAGCAGGCCUGUGUUCCUUUUCGGCGAUGCUUGCCCUCCUCACACACCAGUUCCCUGAGCUGAUGGUUGUUUUUGCUAAAGCUGUGCUGCGGGUGCUGUGGCCUGUGAGUGCUCCCAGCGUUCUGGCCUCCAGCUGAGUGGCCUGCACCAAGUGCUCUGGGACUCUUCUUUCACCCCUCAACUCCAUUAUGGAAAACAUCAAGGUCUUCCUGCUGUCCAGUUUCUGGCAUCAGCUGACUCCAGUGUGACUGGAGGUGCUUUCCAUGAUUGUUCUCAUAAGCCUCACCCCAGGUGGUUAUCUGACCCCUAGGUGUGUGGGGCAAGGAAGAAAACUGUGUUCUUCAAACUCCUACCUUUGACAGGCUUCCAUGUUGGUAAUGGUGCUUAACUUAUGAAUUCCUUCUUUGGCCUUAGUCUGUUCACCUAAGAAAACAGUUUUUGUUGAGCAAUACCUUAAUCAUACAACUGGAAGCUGAUACUUCCUCUGUAAGAAAGGAGAGGACACAAAUGGAGCAGAUGUUUGGAGUAUUGACGCUUCCUUCUCAGCUGCAGAUGCACCAGAUAAUUGGCUUAGAUUUAAUUUUAUAAGCCUUCUUCAGAAUAUUUGUUAACAGCAAAGUAUGGUUCUGCUUUCUUUAUUAAAAGGUUGCUUCUUAACACA